UGAUGACGUCACGAAUAGAAAUAUCUAGAAAAAAACCACGCCGUGAAGUCAAGUGGAAUGAUACGGUCAGCCGCCGGAACAUUGUUUAUUCGCCGGUAUAAAUAUUAACUUCUAGAAAAUUCGGCCGUAUGAAGAUCGAAGAGCCGAUACUCAUCCAUUGAUCUCUCCUUCUGCUGUGCGUGACGGUUUUAUUUAGGUGUGAAGAAGACUCGUGGCUAGAAAUAGAUUAAUUUUUUUGAAAGCUGAGGCAGCGUACAAAGUAAUAUAAAAUGUCUGUAGUUGGUUUUGAUGUUGGCAAUCAGUCGUGCUACAUUGCUGUUGCACGAGGUGGUGGUAUUGAGACAAUAGCAAACGAAUACAGCGACAGAUUAACACCAUCAAUAGUAUCAUUUGGAGACAAGCAACGAAUUAUAGGGACAGCGGCUAAAACCCAAGUUAUAUCAAACGCCAAGAAUACUGCAACAAACUUCAAGAAGUUACUGGCUCAGAAAUUUUCAGAUCCGUUUGUGCAACUGGAGAAAAAAUGGUUGCCGUACGAAUUAGUAGAAAUGACAGACGAAAGUGUUGGUAUAAAGAUGCAAUACAUGGGCCAACCUAUAGAGAUGAGACCUGAACAAGUAUUUGCAAUUCUUCUAACAAAACUAAAACACUCAACUGAGGCUGCCCUGGGAACCAAAGUCGUUGACUGUGUUAUUUCAGUACCUCAGUAUUUUACUGACGCUGAGCGACGUGCAGUAUUGACGGCAAGUAGUAUUGCUGGCCUGAAUUGCAUGAAAGUAAUGAAUGACUCGACAGCAGUAUCCCUUGCCUAUGGGAUCUACAAACAGGAUUUACCAGCUCCAGAGGAAAAGCCAAGGAAUGUUGUGUUUGUAGACAUGGGGAAUUCAUCUCUGCAGGCUUCGGUCUGUGCCUUCAACAAAGGCAAAUUAAAGGUAGGCAAUUAUGCAUUCCCCCACCCCCAAGGAAUAUUUCCACCGACUUUCCUUCCCGCUUGAAAAUUUUCAAAGCAAAAAAAAUCAUAUUCAAGUGGUUAAAUAUCACCUUAAAUCACAUACUUUGCGAGUUAGCACUCAC